AAACAAAAGCUAAAAGAGUUUUGAAUCUCACCAAAUUUUCUUUCAUUUUCUUUUCUAUUGCUAGGCAAACAAACAGAAGCAUUCAGUUUUUUGCUUUUCGGUGCGAUGGCUCGUACAAAGCAAACAGCUAGAAAAUCAACAGGAGGAAAGGCUCCAAGGAAACAACUCGCUACAAAGGCAGCAAGGAAAUCAGCACCAGCAACCGGAGGAGUGAAGAAGCCACACAGGUUCAGGCCAGGAACUGUAGCAUUAAGGGAAAUUAGAAAGUAUCAAAAGAGCACAGAGCUUUUAAUUAGGAAGCUUCCUUUUCAAAGGUUGGUUAGAGAAAUUGCUCAAGAUUUCAAGACUGAUUUGAGAUUCCAAAGCAGUGCUGUUGCUGCUUUACAAGAGGCUGCUGAAGCCUAUUUGGUUGGGUUGUUUGAGGAUACAAAUCUCUGUGCCAUUCAUGCUAAGAGAGUCACUAUUAUGCCUAAGGAUAUUCAAUUGGCUCGUAGGAUUAGAGGCGAGAGGGCUUAGAUUAUAUUUCUGAUUUUUGUUUUCUCAUCUAUCUGUUAUUUAGCUUUAGUUUUUGCAUUUUGGGUUCUUCUUUAGACGUAAAAUCAUGUAAAAAUGUAUUUCGUACUGUUGAAUCAGAUAUUAUUGCAGUUUA